AUUUUUCGACAGAAUGUCAAUACAAGUACAAAAACGCUAAAUUACGUGUCUCUCGAAGCGAUAACAACCAAAAUUAAAAUUCUGGAAUGUGUCUUUGAUACACUCGGCACUUUAUUUCUGUUACAACUUUGCAUGGAGUAGCCGCGCAUUCUAACCUCAAUCAUGGCCCGGCAGAGACGGAUUGCCAAUCAGGUAGAUACAAAACUCGACAAAGGUACCAACAGCAGCAGCAGCAAUGGUAGCAACUCCACGAACAACAGAUCAAGGAAAACGACGAGUUUGUUGUCGUAUUGGAAACAAAUAAUCGGGUGCAUUGUUCUGGGUAUUGCUGUCACGUUGGGGUACAUGGGGUACCUUGAAACCAGAGUGAACACACCAUUUGAUGACAAAAAAAUGGUGGUUAGGGGCGGGCUAGAAGUACCAGAGCAGUUUUGGGGUACUUAUAGACCAGGGUUGUACUUUGGUUUGAAAACUAGGGACCCCACGUCGGUAGUGACGGGGUUAAUGUGGUACUUCCCCAAACGUCUGAAACCAGGUGGUGAUGGCAUAAGACACUGGUGUGAGCAAGGCGACGGUCUAGAAAAGUACGGUUGGCUCCAACACGAUGGCAGCACUUUCGGGGUACAACAAAUCAUAGAUGGCGUCCACGUCGUUGACACUUCUUUUGUAAAGAGGUUAGGUGGAAGUCAUGGUGGGGAUUGGACUGCGCGAAUUUCCGUCGAUUUGAAACCAAAUUUCAAAAAUCAGCGGUCUCAAGGUGAAGACAUUUCACUCGUGUGGUACACCGCUCUAGAUGAAGAAACUAAAGGCUUCAUUUCAUUGACUAACUCCGCGACGAAACUAACCGGGAUCAAGGGGGAGUCGUCGGGUUUGGGGGAGUUUACCAUUAAAUUUACCAAUCAUUCAGGGGAGGUUCUCCACGAAUCCUUUUUAAGUACAAUAGCACCAGGGUUGCAUUUAUUGAAAGAGACAGUCGUGGCUUCGUUGCGAUUGGCUCAGGAUAAACCAGCGGCGCCAAGACGGAUUGUGUUAGCGGGAGAACUUCUCCCGGAAGCGGGAACAAGCAAGGCAGAGCCGAACUUCGUCGCAGUCCAACUAACCGGAAGAGUUCCAUUUUCGGUGGACGUCGUUUUCGAAUCGGGAAGUUUCGGCACGAGACAGGACACCCUAGUGGGUGAAACUUACACGAAAGCGUUAAGUUGGCACCAGGCGCGUUUCACGCAAAGAUUUGAAGACACUUUCGGGUUACAAAAAAGAGGGUAUAGCCCGAAAGAAGUAAGUUUUGCUCAAGCCGCCCUCAGUAACAUGUUAGGAGGCAUAGGUUACUUUUUUGGAACUUCCAAAGUGCAAAAUUUUUAUACAAAAGAGCCAGUACAUUACUGGCGAGCGCCUCUCUACACGGCAGUCCCGUCUCGUAGUUUUUUCCCACGGGGAUUCCUCUGGGACGAGGGUUUCCACGGCUUAUUAAUAAGUACGUGGGAUCUAGAUGUAGAAUUAGAUAUAAUCAGUCAUUGGUUUGAUUUGAUGAACGUGGAGGGGUGGAUCCCUCGGGAGCAAAUCCUAGGGGUUGAAGCUCUAGCGAAAAUCCCGGAAGAAUUCGUGGUACAACGUAACACUAACGCCAACCCGCCCACUUUUUUCCUAACGUUGCAAUACAUCCUAAAAAAAUACUACAACCACUUGUCUGAAGGCAGGCUGGCCACUCUGGAGCGACUAUACCCGCGACUGCAGGCGUGGUUCAGUUGGUUCAACACAACCCAAAAAGGGUCAGUACCUGGGUCGUACAGGUGGCGCGGUCGCGACCCUCUAACCAACCGAGAACUAAACCCGAAAACACUCACCUCAGGUCUAGACGACUACCCCCGAGCUUCGCAUCCCACUGAAAGCGAACACCACAUUGACCUCUAUUGUUGGAUAGCAAUAGCCGCUGACACUCUAGCCAAGUUGGCAACACUGCUAGACCGCGACGGGUACAAAUACGAACAAACUGCAGACUACCUCAAAGACAAUGACCUCAUGGAUAGCUUACACUGGUCGAACUUCGCGGAGCGCUACGCAGACUACGGUUACCACACCGAUUCUGUCAAACUAAAACGCCCGAAACCGCUACCCCGCUCGCAAAAUCAAAACAUGGAAAUGGUACGUGUGACCUUGAAGAAUCCGGAGUACCGCCUGGUGGACUCUACGUUCGGUUACGUCAGCCUCUUCCCGUUCUUGCUACAAAUUCUAGAACCGGACUCUCCGAAACUGAACCAAAUUCUAGACGACAUGCGCAAUCCGGAUUUGUUAUGGACGAACUACGGUUUAAGAUCGCUUUCGAAAAACUCGCCACUGUAUAUGAAAAGAAACACAGAGCACGACCCGCCAUAUUGGAGGGGGCAAAUUUGGAUUAAUAUUAAUUUUCUGGCGGUGCGGUCGUUGCACUUUUACGCACACACAGACGGGCCGUUUAAGGAGAAAGCGACGAAAGUGUAUAGGGAACUGAGGGGGAACGUUAUCGAAAAUGUCAUGAAUCAAUAUUUUACGACUGGCUAUUUGUGGGAGCAAUAUAACGACGAAACGGGAGAAGGCAGUGGGUGUCGACCUUUCACGGGCUGGACGGCGUUGGUGGUAAUGAUGAUGGGUGAACAGUAUUAGUUCAUUUUUAUUUGUGAUCGAUUUAGUCAAUUAUUGUUAUCACUGCGGAAUCAAUAAAAUGUCGAGUACGGUCCUGUUUAA